AUGAGGCUGAGGUUGAGAAGGCAGUCUUGCGCAUGCGCAGUAGCGCGUGAGGGUAUUUAAAUAUGGGGUGAAGAUCCCAGCAGCUCAACACAAGCAGUUCUCAGCAGUGUGAGAGUUACACGCCAGCUCGUCACGAUGAGCUGGGCCAUCAGCACUCUGGCCGUCGGGGUGGUCACUCUUCUGCUCAUUCAGAGGAAGUUGUACCCCUACUUUUGGGACGACUUGAUGUAUUACGCGAGAGUUCGGCGCGUGGGGAGCGCGAUGAUGGCGAGGAUGAAGCGCGGAGUUGUCACAUAUCUCCAGUGCUUUGAGCUGCAAGCCAGAAACAUCCCGGAGAAACCCUUCGUUGUGUUCGAGGAGCAGAUCCUCACCUACAGGGACGUGGAUGCGCGGAGUAACAGAUUCGCACACGUGUUGAGGUCGCACUGCGGUCUGAAACACGGCGAUGUCGUGGCGCUGCUGAUGAACAACGAGCCGGACUUCAUCUGCGUCUGGUUCGGACUCUGUAAGCUGGGCUGCGAGGUCGCGUUUCUCAACUUCAACAUCAAAUCUCAGUCGCUGCGGCACUGUUUGCGCAGCUGUGGAGCUAAAGCGCUCGUCAUUGGCCCAGACUUGAUCAGGUGUGUGGACGAGGUGCUGCCGGACGCUGGGCUGGAGGUUUGGGUGGCAGCAGAGAGCUCCACACACCAGAGCAUCGGGACACUGCUGGACAAGCUGGAAUCAGCCUCUCCAGAGAAGCCCGUGACUGACGCCCCUCAGCCCAACCUCAUGUCCAACUUCCUGUUUAUCUUCACCUCUGGCACCACAGGGCUGCCGAAGGCUGCUCGGAUCAGUCACAUCAAAGCGGUGAUGUGCAUGGCCUUCCUGCGUCUGUGUGGCGCUGGCGCCCGUGAUCGAGUCUAUCUGACGCUGCCGCUCUAUCACAUGUCUGCGUCGCUGCUCGGCAUCGGCGGCUGCAUCGAGCUCGGGGCGACGUGUGUUUUGAAGAGGAAGUUCUCUGCCAGCCAGUUUUGGAAGGACUGUGUGAAGUAUGAUAUUACUGUGUUUCAGUAUAUUGGAGAACUCUGUCGAUAUCUGGUCAAUCAACCAAAGACUGCAGAGGAAGUGGCUCAUAAAGUUCGCCUCGCCGCAGGAAGUGGUCUCAGAGCUGAUGUUUGGACGCAGUUUCUCAGGCGUUUUGGAAAAAUCCAAAUUCGUGAAUCUUAUGGAUUAACGGAGGCCAGUAUUGGCUUUGUUAAUUACACCGAUGAAAUUGGACCGAUUGGGCGAGCCAGUUAUUUUAAUAAGCUCAGUUUGCCGUUUGAGUUUUUAAAAUGUGAUCCACAAACGUAUGAACCCAUACGGACAGACACAGGACACUGCAUUAAAGUGAGUAAAGGGGAAGCAGGGUUACUGGUGGCUCCGGUGAUGUUCACCAACCCUUUCCUGGGAUACGCGGGGGAUAAAGCCAUGUCAGAGAAGAAGCUGCUGAGGGACGUCUUUAAGAGCGGAGAUGUGUACUUCAACACUGGAGACCUGAUGCUUCAGGACCACAGAGACUUCGUCUACUUCAAAGACAGGAUUGGAGACACAUUCAGGUGGAAAGGAGAAAACGUGUCCACCACGGAGGUGUCUGAAGUGCUGGGCUGCCUGGACUUCCUGCUGGACGUCAGUGUGUACGGGGUCACUGUCCCAGGAUACGAGGGUCGAGCAGGAAUGGCUGCUGUAGUGUUGAAGGACGGUCAUGGAUUGGAUGGAGACAGGGUCUACAGUCAUCUGCUCCACACUCUUCCUCCGUACGCAUGGCCGUGUUUUCUGAGAGUGCAGACUUCCUUAGAUGUGACGGAUACGUUCAAGCAGCAGAAGGGCAGACUGGUGCAGGAGGGCUUCAGUCCGGAUACAGUCCAGCAGCCGCUCUUCUUCCUGGACGCUUCGAGGAAAACCUACAUGCCCCUCACUGCACAGCUGUAUGACCGUAUAGUUUCAGGCAAGAUUAGACUUUAGCUGCAUUGUGGGAAAUGCAGUGGACAGCAUCCACAUCACCAGAUGGCUACAGAGAUCCUUUAUUUGUGUACUGCACAAGUGUGUGGCGUUUCAGGGCUGGUGUGUUUUUAGUGUUUUAGUCUCUCUGGGCCACUGAGCCCACAAAUAAACUGGAAUGACUUUGUUAGGAUUUCUUAACAUUGAUACAGAAAAAGAGCUAAUAUUACAAUCAAUGCCCUCUUAACCACUUCACUCAGCUUGUAAGUGUUCCCUCUUCUUUUUAUUAACCGUAAAGUUUUUAGAUUUGGUUUUUAAGAGUAGAGCAGCAGCUUUACUAAUGUUAUCUGCUCUUGAUAAUUACAUAGGCUAAAUUAACAAAUAAAAACUCUCUUCUUCAUCUAAAAGUAAGACUAAUUAAGGUCCCAGCUGCAGUAUGUGUGUGAUUUCAAACACAAGACUGUGUACGGAUCCACCGAUGAGUGACACAUCUUCACUACAGGUUCAUGCUUUUAUAUCAAACCGGAUCAGAAAUGGUUUAUAACUGCAGUCAUGAACGUCAAAGAGCUACAGACUGGGCAGUAUAUGAUUUUUUUUAAAUCAUGUUCACCUUUGAUUUGUGGUCAGUUCACAGUGUCUUGUUUGUUUGGCUGUAGUACUGGUCACUGGAGAUCCUGAUAAUGAUGAAGUGUGACUUAUUCUUUUGUUUAUCUCAGUUGCUCUGUAAUAAAGUUUACUUUUUUAUUGGUCAGAAAAUCUGUUAGAUUGCACUUGAUCCAAUAGUAUUAAUAACAAACUUGUAAAUGCAGUUGUGUACCACACGGGGGCAGUGCUAACCUUACACAUGUUGUGUAUGAACGGAAACAGAAAUGUGAUAUGUAAUAAAGAACAUAUAUGUUGA